AAGGACCCACGAGCGAACGCUAAACCGACGAACCGCGCGUCGAUUGCGAGAGAGAACGGUACAUUAUUCCCGUCAAUCAACCCUACAAUGCAAGUGUUUAUAAUGCGUUUUAACCUCUGCUCCGUUUGUUUUGGUUCUGCUUAUGUUUCCCUUGAAACUGGCUGUAUUAAUAAAUUACAUUUUUCAUCUCUGUUCUUUCCUUUAUUUAUUUAAAUCCCCUCUGCCCUCCUGCCCUCCACUAUCUUCGCUAUAAGAAAAUUGCGAAAUGUUGCUUAACUUUCUGCCGAUCUAUGUUUCUGGUUUUGGUCAUUUAUCUCCCGUGUGCAUUAAAUAAAUCGUCACCGUGAAUGUUGAUAUUAUAAAAUGAGAACAAUACAGAAAUUGGACUGCAUGGCGUACGAAUAAAUCUGAGAACAAGGACGUCAGAUUCUAUAAUCAUUUUUCUACAAUCUCAUCUUUUGUUUAUCUUGCACGUUCUAUUUUUUCCAUUGUAAACGUAAGUUGCAAAGGAACAGUGUAAUAAAUACUUUGUUAUGGCACCCGAAUAAAAGUUGGGAUUAGGUGAAUCGGUGAAUCUCAAAUGCAUGGCAUAUGUUAAGUCUUACAAAAAUUUAAUGACACCACUAAAAGAUGGAUAGUGAUCACGCGAAGGACAGCACUUCCAAAUUAAGUGGGAACACUAACAAUAAAUCUGAGGAAAUAUUAGGACUGAGCACGAGAGAAGCGCUUGAAACGUUGCAACGUGAUAUUAGAAGGGUCCUGUUCGAAUAUGAAGAAGAAUGUAGAAGGAAUAAAAAAUAUAAAGCUUGGCUGAGGGACACUUUACAUCAUCGUAGUCAGUACACGACUCUUUGUUGGACAUCAGCAAUUGCACUUUUGAUCAAUGCUAUUAUUCUCAUCACCGCAUUCUUCACGAUCGACGAUACGACUUGGUAUCCCACACUGCCCUAUGAAGGACUGACCGUCUGUUGUUUAGUGAUGUUAAACUUUAUUUUAGUCGUGUCGGAUAAUAAAUUGCGACACGAAGAAAUUCCUUACAGGAUACGAAUCCUCAUCGACCAAUUAGAAGCGGCGAAGAGUACUUGUCAAUGGGAUACGGAAAAUUAUCCGCAUCUGUGCAGCCCACUGUCUCCUUGUUUAACUCUGCAGUGGACUUACCGCGACGGACACAUAGUUAAUCUACCAUGGGCAUUGUUAGUCGCCGGUGACAUAAUUGUAAUAAAACCUGGACAACAAGCACCGGGCUAUUCCGUUCCCUAUGACGAUUCCGAUGCUUCGGUGUUGCACGCGAGGGAAGUGUACAGUCCGCAGGUUCACAGCGCGAACGAGAUUUUCUCUACGCCUCAAGCGCGAUCGCCGUUGAAGAACAAGAUUUACAAGCUUCAAGAAACACCGUAUUUGAUGAAUCUCAGAAUGGCUCUCGAUCAAGCCCUCGACAGGCCAGUGACGUAUCAUAAUCGGAAACGUCAUCUUCUAAUGAUCUGCUGCAUCGAACAACUUGCCUAUCCGGUUCUACUGAUCAUCGUAUUGAUCGUAAAUCUGUUUCGAUACUUGUAUUUAUCGGAGUACUUUGGUAUCGGGAAUUGGAGCGAGAUGUUCCUGUUGCAACCGAUCGCAGUUAGUAUUCCCUUGCUACCAUUGAUAUUCCCAACGUUUUGGAUCUUCUUGAAUUGCUUCGGCAUGGCUCGUUUCAAGGCACUGUUCAAGCUCUAUCAAUCGUCAAAGAAGCUUCAGUUCGUAGAUCCUUUUGAGGAUGCGGACUUCACUGGACCCAGUCACCCAGAAGUAGUUUACAAUUGGCAAGAAUUGAAGGAAUACUUUUUCGAUAUUCUGUUCGGUAAAGAACACAUGAUGUCGAGAUCCGCGAGUAUCCUGCAUGUUUUAGGAUCAGUCACGGCAUUGUGUUGCGUGGAUAAGAAAGGGAUUCUUUCGUGGCCUAAUCCAACCGCGGAGAAAGUAUUUUUUUUACGAAACGCCAACACCCUGUCACCGUCUUCGAGCACUGGUAGCUUAGAUAGAACGUCGGAACAUCAAUGUCAAACUCAAACGGAAGAUUCGAAGCAAGAAUCGAACAAGACGUCGUACGUGACGCACGAUAUGUCUCACUCGAAGGCCGAAGUCCUGGAUCUGACGCACGAUCACGCGUUGCCGUUUCGUCUGCAGUUUGACGAUCACUCGUGGAGGCAACAUUUGAACUCAUUGAAACCAUUAGGUUUAGCGAUUCUUCUUAAUACGUGUAACAUGGACACCCAGGAGGGUUACAUGCAAUUCUGUGGCCACAUCACGUGCGAAGCGUUGUAUAACGAAAAUCUUGUCCCAGUAACGAACAGACGCUACCAGGAACAGUGUGUAGAGGAUAAUAACGGGUGUCGAGCGAAAGAUACAGUGCAAAGUUCAGCACAGGUGUAUUUAGCCGACGAGUCGGGAAGCCUUGGACACAUGUGGUGUUUGUGCGAAUUAGCGAAGCAGAUAGGUUUCCAAGACCAGGCGCAAAAUAUAUUCCAACUGGAGCAACAAUUGUCCACGUUUAGGCAUGUCCAACCGGAAAUGGUUCGGCGAGAUAUUAAAUUCGCAAGGUCUUUGAGCAUUGCUACGAAAUUGAAGUUCCCAUUUCCCCACAUGGUCGCCGUGGUCGUUAGAGAACGAAGCGGAGGCGGUUUGCAAUUGCUUACACAGGGCACAGCGGACAUAAUCUUGGACUCCUGUAUCGAGUUCUGGGAUGGUCACGAUCUCUGCCCGCUAUCGGCAACCGACAGGAAAAAGGUGCAGGACUUUUAUCAGAGGACGAGCUUAACGUCGUACUGUACCGCGUUCGCGUACAGACCUCUGACGCGCGGUAUCAGUGACAAACUGUCGCACAUAUACAUCGAACUUCCUGCAGACAGCAAACAUUUGUAUGCGCCGCACAGAAGUCCCACCCCUUUGCCCUGGGACUUUAAAAACGUCCUCGAUCCGAGAGUAAAAAGCAUACUUGGACAAUUUCAUUCGACCGAUUCUUUGUUGUGCUAUGAGAAUAAGGACGACAAUGUGGGCGACGUGGAAAGUUGCUUCGAAAUUCAAUGCAACCAAGUUUUCAUAGGGAUGGUGACUAUGCAGUAUCAAGCACAAACGGACAUGGUACAAUUAAUUGAGCAACUCGACAGAGCAUGUAUCCGUUUCGUUCACUUCAGUAAGGAGAACGAAUUGAGGUCGCGGGUCUUCUCCGAGAAGAUGGGAUUGGAGAGUGGAUGGAAUUGCCACAUAUCGUUGCUCAGUGAGCGAGCUAGGAGACAGCAAUGGCUGGAGAGAUAUCCACACAUGACGUAUAUGUCCGAGAGUCCAGUGGGUUGGUGGGUGAGCCAGGCAGCAGCCAUGUCCUCACCCACUCCCUCGGCCCAAUCUCAUCAGCAUAAUUACUCCUGCAUGGAUGAGGCCAGCCACUUGCUUAAUCGUGUCUCUCCUCGCACGAAUCUGGACAACAGCCGUGCUAUGAGCAUGUCGGCCCCGAGCGCUAUAAACACUGAUUUCACCACGGUGAAGUUCGACGACGAGACCACCGAGUGGAAUGACACGGGGACGUCCCAAGUGAAGAGCGCUAUGAGCCACAGGGAACAAGAUACUGUUAGAAGCGAAGACAGUGUGCUCGUGCAAAGCGUGGACUUAGGAUCCGGUCAAGAGGCAUGGAGAUCUCUGAGUUGUCUUACGGACAGCACAGAACAAAGCGCGCCCGUGAACUUCGAUUUAUCGAACAGGGCGAAACUACCUCGAGGCAUUGACAAGAUUCGACCGCACAUAGAAUUGAUAGACAACGUACCCCUUUUGGUAUCUCUGUUCACCGAUUGCAACACGGCUGUUACAAGGGAGAUGUUGCACAUAAUGCAGGAUUACGGAGAAGUCGUUUGCGUGCUCGGUUCCUCUGCCAACGCGGAGAACAUGCCUAUCUUCAUGCAAGCCGAUGCAGGUGUGGCAAUGGAACCACUGUAUCCACAAGUCUGCCAAAGAAUCCCGGUGCUCGCGUCAACCAGGGAGGACCAAGGGCCAUCCCCAGUCGACUUGAGCAGGGCACUGAAUUCUGUAUCUUGUUCACUGAGCGUCAAACGAGAAGAUCCAAUCGCGAUUUUUCAUCUAGUCAUGGAGGCUCGGCAUUAUAUGACGUGUCUAUGGAACUGCGUGCAAUUCUGGCUGUGCUGCACGAUCACGCUGUCCUUCACGCAAGCCAUGUCCGGCUUCUUGCUGCUGCCACCCCUGUUUUCAGUCGAUCAAGUAUUAUGGUUGUGCUGCUUAAUCAUUCCAGUGUUGUCGAUAUCCAUGAUCGCUACGCCCAUAGACCACACCAUAAUGCAACGCGCGACUGGCAAAAAUCAGUGCACCGUGAACGGACAGGUUGCGCUGUUCGUCUUAUGGUGCUACGGCAGCAAAUUUUUGCCAACGGUCGUGACAAUUGUAUUGUCUCAGUGUAUCUCACUUUUGACACUGUGCCCCAUUUACACGACUGACUCGAAGUGUCUGUACGUGUACCCGGAUGUACAGGGCGAGGUUCCGUGGGGCGGUUGGGGCGACAAACCUAAUAUUAUUCUAGUGAUACAACACUUCGCCUUGUCGCUAUUAGUUUUACAUUUAGUAACAAUAUCCAUAGGCUUUGUACAUAGAGAAUAUUCCAUUUGGAAAAAGCAACCGUUCAACAAUUUCGUAUGGUUCUUAAGUGCAUUUAUAGCGUUGUGCGCACAAGCAGCGUUCUCGGGGACGGUGUUUUGUAAAUUCUGGAAAGACGAGGGUCAAAACAUCGAGGACUUCCCUUUACAUCUUCCCCUAUUUUUCUUAGUUUCCUUGCCACUGAUUUUCCUCAUUAACGAACUGAUCAAGUGGCAAGAGAUAAAAGUAAACGUAAGGCAUCAAAAGAGAGCGCGGCUGGAAUUCGGUACAAAACUUGGAAUGAAUUCACCGUUUUAAGCAAUGUGAAACGGUGCAUGUAGAACAUGGUACGUUUACGUACGUGGAGUGCAGUUAGGAAAUCUAAAAUACUCAAGUUCCGCAUGAUACUGUUACUGUGUUAAUGUACUUCGCGAGGAGAUCUGUAAUAAUUUAUUAUUUAUUUAUUCGAAAUACGUUCGGCUAGCUGUAAAUUCUUUAAUACACGAAGACAGUAUUUGAAAUUCAAAUCCUACGAGAAUCCUGCGAGAAGAAACUUCGAAACUGUACAGUUUUGAAAUCUGUAGAAUUGUUUCUCGUAAUUCGAUAUCAAAUGUUUAUAUUUUUGUAUAACACGAAAAUGAUAUUUUGUAUUCUGAAAGUUAUACGAUAGGUACUAUAUUGCACUGAACGUAAAGAUUCACUGUUGCAAGCCUGUGCCACCGAGGAGAGAUUACUAAAGAGUGGCAGCAUUAUGGGACCUUGCGUCGCACGAAAAAGUAUGCAAAUUUUUAGAAUAUAUUGCCACCGAAAUAGAAGGCAAAACAAUUGUCGAUGUUAAACAGUUGCCAGCUAAAAGAAAGAUCCCAUGCAAUUUCCUUUUAACUCCACUCGUUAAGAAAUAAUUGGCGAUGAACGAACUAAUUAAUUGAUUACUCCGGAAC